AUGACUUUUCUUGUCGCUAUAUGCUUCAUGCUGUUGAAGAAGAUGAAAUGUGUAGGCAAACAACGGAAACAUCUUAAGUCACUUAUCUCAGGACCUCUAACAAGUUUUUCCUACAAUGAGUUGUCUUUUGCAACAGCCAAGUUUACUGAAAGGAUAGGAGGAGGCUUCGGAAUGGUUUAUAAAGGGGUUUUAAAGAAUGGAACAAUGGUUGUAAUAAAGCUGCUUGAAAACACCAGACAAGGUAUCGAUGAGUUUCUAGCGGAAGUGGACAACAUUGGGAACAUACACCAUGUGAACUUGGUGAAGCUAAUCAAUUUUUGUAUUGAUAAGCGCAACAAGAAAACAAGGAAGAAGAUUUUCCUAGAUAUAACUAAGGGCUUAGCAUAUAUUCACGAUGAUUGCCGACAAAGGAUUGCUCAUUUAGAUGUGAAGCCCCAAAACAUUCUCCUGGACGAUAGCUUCAAUGCAAAAAUAUCUGAUUUUGGGCUGUCAAAGUUGAUUAACAGAGAUAAGAGCCAAGUGGUGACCCAGAUGAGAGGCACAUUGGGGUACUUGGCUCAUGAGUGGCAACACUCGAGAAUCACCGUAAAAGUUGACAUUUACAGAUUUGGGAUUGUUAUGCUGGAAGUAAUCACAGGGAGGAUGGUGUUGGAUUACAGCCAACCUGAUUCGGAUGUUUGUUUGCUUAAACUGGUAAAAAAGAAAUGA